CCCUCUCACCCUUGCCGCCACAGACUCGCCUUUAGUAAGCUGGCCGUCCUGUGACUUCAGCGGAUCAGGUGACUGCCGCUCAUUCCAGCCCUGGUGGUGUCUGGGGUCAGAAACCCGAGUGAGAAACGAAACUGGUGGAGUGGGUGUUGAACGGAGAGGUGGAGGGGGGAUCUUUAUAUAUAUAGAGAGAGAGAGCGCGACUGUGCAGCAGACUGAGCAGGAGAGUCCUUUAAACUAACAUCGCUGGGGCAGGACAGACUGCAAUCGAAGCAAUUGUUUUGCCUGAAGUGACAUUUUGUUUUUUUUAAAUGGACCCGGUUCGCUUCAUUGUUGCCGCCAUCGUUCAGCAGUAUCACGGUGUGAGCCUGAAGUGAAGGGGGAAGCAGGAAGAAAUCAAAGGAUGAUCAGAAACAGGACUACUUUAAUCCUCUGAUGAUCAGAAACAAGGAUUCUUCAAUCUUUUGAUUUAUUAGAGCAAACUGUUUCAAAUGGAUCCUGACCAUUGGCAAAGGGAUAACCACAGGUGGAGGGGCCGAGAAAUUGAGGCGGACAACCCAAACAGAAGAGCAGCUACAGCAGAACAAUCAAGACAAAACCCUAGAAGAGGAGAUGCUUCUUUGGAACGUCUUGAACCACGAGGACGGCGAUAUAAUGGAAGCCAGAGAAAUGCUGCUGGACCAGCAGGCCAGAGAGGUGCACCACAACCUAGGCGAGCACUUUCGACACCCAGACAAGGGGAGAUGCAAGCGACUAGAGAGAUUGGAGGAAGGAACCAAGAGUGGAACUUUAAUCUCAAUCCCAGACAUGUAGAAGGGAGACAAAAUCCUGUAAGAGCUAUUCGAAAUCCAGCUGGAAGAGCUCCUGCUGUUCAGGGCAAUCGCCAAGGCCCCCAACAGGGCAGAAGGGAUCAGCAAAAUGAACGUAGAAAUGAAACAUGGAGAAGGAAUGACUUUCGUGAAGGUGGUCGAGGCAGGCAGGUUGAAAUGCAAGGAAAUCCUCUCUUCCAAAGAAGGAGGCCUCAGGAAGUAACUAAAGAGGAACAUGCAAAGGACAAAGAACAGUUUGUGAGAAAGUUAGGCUACAAAACAAUGGAGGGCCUUUUGGACAAAGAGCCAUCUGAAAUUGUUAUAACUUUAGCCUGUGGCUCUGGCCUAAAGGAAUUAUUAAACCAACAACUAAACCCAAAUUUUAUCCAGUUAAUUUGUAAAGUCUUAUGUAAGGCCUGUAGGUCCAAGACUGACCGUCAGAGCAUUCAGCAUCUCCUGGGCAUUGUAAAGGAUUCUCUCUUUCUGAAGGUUCAAUUGCCUCGAUAUGUGGUUCAGAUGAGUACAGAUCCAGUGCCUGCGCGUAGGCAGCAAUACCCUGAAUAUAUUGAAAGCAUUCUAUUCUUGCUUCAGGAAUUGGUAAGUAUUUUUCCAGCCAGUUCAGUUCAAGAGAUGUCCAUGAUGGUUUUGGUCUUGGAUCCUACGGUGAAUACUCUCCGAGCUGCUGGGGUUUCAAUUGGCGAACAGAUUGAAAAUAGCUUGGAGAAAAUAAAAAAUAUAAUUCAUCACUUACAAGGGAGAAAACGGGAUGGAACACUCAGAACAGAUACACAUAUGUUGAUAGACAAUCAAGAAACUGGUCCUGAGGACAACUAUAGAACAAUGACUAUAUAUCCCACCUACAAUGAGAUGCACUUAGAAGAGAAGCCAUUUCUGCGACCAAAUCUCAUUACUGAAAAGUAUGCAAAUACUGAAGUGUACCUUGAUACCCAUUUCCGUCUUCUGAGAGAAGAUUUUGUGAGACCUUUGAGAGAAGGAAUCUUAGAGUUGCUUCAGAAUUAUGAUGACAAAGGUCUGAGGAGGAGAAGAUUCGAUGACAUUCGAGUAUAUUUCAACACACGCAUUAUAGUUCCACUCUGCACUUCCACUGGUGUAGGCUAUAAAGUCCAGUUUGACACAAGGCCAUUGAAGUUUGUCCGGUGGCAAAAUUCGAAGCGUCUGCUAUAUGGUUCUCUUGUGUGUAUGUCAAAGGAUAACUUUGAAACCUUACUGUUUGCAACUGUGUCAAAUCGGGAUCCUGCAGAGCUCAAAGAGGGCAUUGUUCAUCUGUCUUUUAAUGUGCGAAGUCGACGCCUAUUGGCUGAGGUGGAACCUUCAGAUUGUUUCCUGAUGGUUGAAACAACAGCAUAUUUUGAAGCCUACCGCCAUGUUCUAGAAGGGUUACAGGAGAUCCAAGGAGAAGAUGUUCCUUUUCAAAAGUAUAUUGUAGAAUGUGACACCGAAAUCCAGGUUCCAAGAUACUUGAGUUUCAAUGAUAGCUAUGACCUUGAAGCUCUAAUGAAUGGAAAAUCCGAGCUCCCUGAGGACAGUGCUGGACAAAUCUUUGAAUGUUUGCAAAGGACUUCCAAAGUCAACAUUCUUGAUCCUGCAUCAUGGCCUUCCAAGGAAGAGCUGAACCUAGAUGAGUCACAGAUGAAAGCUCUGCAGAUGGCAUUGACUAAAGAAUUGGCCAUCAUACAAGGACCUCCCGGAACAGGGAAAACCUAUGUCGGGUUAAAAAUUGUGCAAGCACUCUUAAAAAAUGAGUCAGUUUGGCAACGACGUUUAAGGAAGUUUCCAAUUCUGGUGGUGUGCUACACAAACCACGCACUGGACCAGUUUCUUGAAGGAAUCUAUGGAUUUUUGCACACCGGCCUGGUCAGGGUGGGUGGAAGGAGUAACAGUGAACUACUGAAAAGAUUCACCCUGAAGGAACUGAGAAACAGCAGAGAUUUCAGAAGAAAACUUCCCCAACACUUGCGAGGCGCCUAUUUUGAAGUGACCAAUCAGAUGAGGGAAUCAGAGCAGAAGAUUCGUGCAGCAGCACAGCACUUGGAGUGCACAACACAAGGGGUUCUUCAUGAGCAGUAUUUAGAGAAAUACAUCUCUGCAAUGCAUUGGAAUAGCUUGCAGAAUGGACUGGCAUUUGAUGGUUUUGGCUUACUUGGAGGAAGGCACUCAUUAAUCUUGGAGUGGCUCGGUCUUGGUUUCAUGAGUGUGACGGCAAUUCCUGGAGCAGAUCCUCAGAACAUGGAAAAUGCAGAUGACCAACAGGAGGAAAUUGAGGAUGAAGAUGUAGAAGAGGAGUUGAUUCAAAUCUCUGAGGAAGCAGAGCUCAUCCAGCGAGAGAGAAUGAUUGAUGAUGAUGAGCCUAAAAUGAGGACCAAGAAGAAACAAGAUGCCGAUCUCAAUGAACUGGCAAACACAUUGUUAGCAAUGAACCUUAACAAGCAAGGACCUCAGGGAGCACAGGAGGAAGGUGGCUGGCAGGUGCAACGCAGCGAAAGGAAGAAAAUGAAACAGAAAGCACAAGCAGAACUGCGGAAGAGCGGUGCUAUGACUGCAGCAGAGGAGAGAGGAACUUUCAACAUCUGGAUGCUUUCUCUUAAAGAUAGAUGGCGCCUGUACAGGUUGUGGUUGUCCAUGUAUCAAACAGAUGUAAGGCGACGGAUAAUUCAGCAUGAGCAGCUCUACCAAGCGGCAGCUGAUAGGUUGGCAGAGUUGAGGCUGCAAGAAGACCUCUGGGUUCUGAAGGAAGCUAAAGUUGUUGGGAUGACAACCACAGGUGCAGCUAAAUACCGGAAGGUACUUCAGGAGCUGAAACCCCGCAUUGUGGUGGUAGAAGAAGCAGCUGAGGUUCUGGAAGCUCAUUUAAUAACAACGCUCAGCAGUGCUUGCCAACACCUUAUUCUGAUUGGGGACCAUCAGCAGCUGCGGCCCAGUGCUACAGUGUAUGACCUGGCCAGAAACUUCUAUCUGGAAGUGUCUUUGUUUGAACGUCUUGUAAAAGUGAAUGUUCCAUAUAUUCGACUAGAUUAUCAGCAUCGCAUGAGGCCUGAAAUUGCUGCGCUUUUAAGUCCUCACAUCUAUGAACAGUUGGAGAAUCACCCAUCUGUACUGAAUUAUGAAAACAUCAAGGGAGUUUCUUCAAACCUGUUCUUUGUAGAACACAGUUACCCCGAAGAGGAAAUCCAGGAUGGGAAGAGUCAUCAGAACCUGCAUGAAGCCGCCUUUGUUGUAGCAUUGUGUUACUACCUGAUCUGUCAGGAUUACUCACCUUCUCAGAUCACCAUCCUCACCACCUACACAGGACAGCUCUUCACUUUGCGUAAAAUGAUGCCGUCCAAGAAGUUUGCUGGUGUGAAGGUGCACGUGGUUGACAAAUACCAGGGAGAGGAAAACGAUAUUAUUCUGCUUUCACUUGUAAGAAGCAAUAAGAAAGGCAAUGUCGGAUUCUUGCAAAUAGCAAACAGGGUCUGUGUGGCUCUCUCUCGAGCCAAGAAGGGUCUUUACUGCAUAGGAAACAUGAGUAUUCUAGCGAAUGUUCCUCUUUGGAGCAAGAUCAUGCAUACCUUGCAUGAAAAUGCCAAUAUUGGUCCCUCAUUGUUAUUGACCUGUCAGAAUCACCCUAAAACUAUGACCCUUGUGUCUAAAGCAGAAGAUUUCAGUAAAGUGCCCGAGGGAGGCUGUAGCUUGCCAUGUGAGUACAGGCUGGACUGUGGCCACGUUUGUACUAGAGCAUGUCAUCCAUACGAUAUGGAGCAUAAGGAAUUUAAUUGUUUGAAACCGUGUCAGAAAGUACUUUGUGAGGAUGGACAUAGGUGUGCAAAGUCCUGCUAUGAGAAAUGUGGCAAAUGCCAAGUCAAGGUAGAUAAAGUGAUUCCUCAGUGUGGACACUUGCAAAAAGUUCCUUGUUCUAAGAACCCAGAAAAUUUUGUCUGUAAGGAACCAUGUUCAAAAAUCCUGCACUGUGGCCAUAAAUGUGCUGCAACUUGUGGGGAAGAUUGUGCAACGUGCACCAUAAAUGUAUCAAUAACCUUGAAAUGUGAUCAUGUCCAGGAAGUAGACUGUUACAUAAAAGAGGCUGCAAAGAUUGGAAGAUGUGUUCCUUGCAAAGAAAAAUGCAGAAUGCAGCUGGACUGCAGCCACAGCUGUCCUGGAUCUUGCCAUCGUUGCUACGAAGGUCGCUUUCAUGAGAGUUGCCAACAGCCUUGCAGGCGGUUGCUAAUCUGUUCACAUGAGUGCUUGGAACCCUGCACAAACCAGUGCCCUCCAUGCCAGCGGCGCUGUGAAAACUUAUGCAAGCACAGUAAAUGUGCCAGGAAAUGUGGGGAGCUGUGCACUCCUUGUGUGGAGCCUUGUGAAUGGAUUUGUCGGCACUAUAAGUGCCAUAAGCUCUGCUCAGAGCCAUGCGACAGGCCUCCUUGUAAUGAGCCUUGCAGGAAACUCCUGAAAUGUCAACACCCUUGUGUUGGCCUCUGUGGCGAGCCUUGCCCGAAAAUGUGUCGUGUGUGCCACUAUGCUGAACUCACUGAUAUCUUCUUUGGGAAUGAAGAUGAGCCCAAUGCCAGAUUUGUUCAACUAGAAGACUGCUGCCAUAUUUUUGAGGUGACUGGUUUUGACCAGUACAUGAAUCAGGAGCAAGAAGGCAGUGACACAGUUAUAAGGCUGAAAGAUUGCCCGAAGUGCCGAAUGCCCAUCAGGAAGAAUUUUCGCUAUGGGACAAUAAUAAAAAACAGUCUCUGUGAAAUUGAAAAAGUAAAGAAGGUUGUCCAAGGAGAUGCAGAGAAAAAUAACCAACUUAGGAAACAGUUAGAGUCUGAACUGAAGAAGCGCUCCAUUAUAGCUGAACAGCUUCCAAAUCAGGAUAAAAACUUGUCUGCUGCGUUACAGUUGUGUCCCCUGUCACUACAGGGUCUGACAGUUAUUGAAAAUAAAAUUGCAUUUCUCUCCAGACUUGCUGAACUUAAACGUCAAGAGGCAAGAUUAAAUUCGCACAUGAAAGGGAAGUUCAAUACUAAGUUGCUUGAGUGUCUGAAGUGGAUAGAUAAAUCUCGAGGGAGGUUCACAGGACAGGAGCUUAUUGAUCUGCAAAGUGAAAUUCAGAGGCUAACAUUUCUUUUUGACCUUUAUGUCCGGUGCAGCAUGGCAUCAGGCAGAAAGCUAGAUUCUUCAACGGAACACGAUAUUGCGUGUGUGCAGAGAAUCCUUGAGUGCACAAAAAAGUUCACUGAAGACAACGAAAAGUUUGUUAAAGGGAAAAUGGAAAAAUUGAAGUUGGUUCUACCUGAAACUGGUCUUGCUAUAUCUGAAACAGAGAGAGUGAUGAUAGUUAAGGCAAUGGGCCUUCGUCAAGGUCACUGGUUUAAGUGCCCAAAUGGACAUGUCUACGUUAUCACAGAAUGCGGAGGUGCAAUGGAAAAAGCAAAAUGUCCAGAUUGUAAUGCAGCAAUUGGUGGUACAAACCAUGCUUUAGAAAGUAGCAACCAAGUGGCUUCAGAAAUGGAUGGAGCUCAAUUUUCUGCUUGGUCAGAUGUUGCAAACAAUAUGUUGAAUUUUGAAGGACUUUGAAGAUUUUUAUAAGGUUAGUGGGCCGAUAUGCUCAUUGACUCCUAUGCAUUGAAUUAUUGGUGAGGAGAAAUCUUGUACUGUUUACAUUAACAUUUUGGUAGCUUUAGCUGAACACUGAAGAUCAUGUUGUAAUGUCUGGACAUCAGGCUUAAUUUCUGAAGGGCUGCAUCCUUCAUUUUAUCCUAAGCUCAUGCAAGAAGAAAUGAGGAUAGUUGAAUUGUAGCAUGGCACCUUUUGGUUUAAAUUCAUAUAUAAUGCAUCUUAAAACAAUUUUAUAGAGUAAUGGAUGAUCAUUCAUGUAUUAAAAAUGUUUUUAACCCUAAUUCAGGCUCGCAUGUGCUGCAUUUGCGAACCCCAAACCAAACUAGAGAAUGGGCAGACCUCCAUUAUUAGUUGUGCAUCCAUACAAUUCUUCAACAACUUUCACUUGCCUAUAAAAUGGGCCUUCUGUUUUCCUUUGCAAGGUAAUCCUUUGUAGGUUACUGCAAAAGGGCCAGAAGCAUCUUCUGAGUUGAGUUGAGAAAAACCUUGUUUGUAUUUUUGAUUUUACUCCUUACCACCCCUUAUCACAAGUGAAUGCUGUCAUCUCUCUAAAGGUCUUCCCAUUGGUGGUAAAACUGCAGCUAUCAAUUAAAGCCAUGGACACUCUGCAGCCAUUCCAAUAUUCUCCCACCAUACCUUCAGGCAGUCAGCAAGAACUGCUGGGCACAUUGAGGUCCUUCCUCCCAAACAUAGCCUUCACCCUAAGCAGGCUUGGGCUAGGGUAGGGAGAGGAAGUAGGAGACCCCCUUGUCAAGAUUAGCUUGUCCCUGCCUCUCAGUAGGGCCCACUGCAAUGGUUGAGUUAAAUCUGAUCAGACAAGGAGGAGAUGAAGUGGAGCCAGCAGGAAGUAGGCUGGCGGAGGAAGGCUGUGGUCAUGGCCAGGGCUCUCAAAGCCAAAAGGCCAAAUAUUUUUGCCCUAAUUUUUAAAGUAGCUUUCUUAAGGCAAGCUUCAUCCAGAUCUUCUGGCCUCUCCAAUAGAUGGAUAUUCCAACUAAAACAUUGUUUAGCAUGAGCACUAGGCUGCAUAUCAGGGAAUGUCUCCUAGCAUCAGCAAGUCUGCCAUGUUUAACAGCAGAGGCUCCUGGCAGGUAAAGGUGUGAUGCCCAGGACUGCAAAUUGUCAAGGCCUAGCUUUUUUCAACAAGAAGUGCCUCUGGCAAUGGACCUUCUUUAUGAAUUUACUAAUGUAGCAUUUAAAAAAAGAUAUUGGAUAGAGCUGGAGUAUCUAAACCUUGUGGCAUUAUGGGAUAUUUAGGUGCAUUUUCUCACAGGCUACGUAGAGACCCCAAAUUUCCAUAGGCCUUUCGGACACACUCUCGGUUUAAAUUUACUGGGGCUGUGACCGGAGGCCCGGGACACAGCUCAGGAUGCUAAUACAUCAGUUCCAGCCUUCACUUUGAGCUUCCGUGGACCUUUUUUGGGGCAGAACAUCCAACUGUCCCAAACAGGGCCUCGCAUCAAAAUGCUAUGAGCAGGAGGAGGAAAUUUUAUGGUGUGGCAUUUCCUCUACUCUGGUCCUGGUCACCAGGUAGCUGGUAAUGCUAGGAGGAAGUAGACACACCGGCCUCACCUGGAGUAUAUGUCUGUCUCACCUGGACCUGAAAAAUAAGGACUGGCGUUACAGGAUCUUGAUUGGUACAUUGUAUGGACCCAUUAUUAAUAUUUCCUGUGGCCUUACAAGAUAUUGAUAAGCAAUGCUGCUUGCUCCCACACACUGCAUGCCGAUUGUAUGCCCAUUGUGGUACAGGUAUUUGCCAGUACCAUGUAAAUCAAGAAACCUUAUUCUGACCCAAGGCCUCAUUCGCUGAGAUUCCCAAGAGAAAUAACCCAUUAUUUUCAGGCAAAUAAAGUUUAAAUGAAUAGUCCUACUAAAUUGAAAAUAUCUUGAGCAGCAAAUAUUUAUGGGGUCUUGAAGUUAUUACUUAAGAUCUGUCUAUCCUAUAAGGCAGUUAUACUAAGAACAGUUGUAUCCAAAUCUUCAGAUACAUAGAAUGCAUACAGGGCAGCCAGUGAAUAAGAACAAUGAGCACAAAUAGAACUAAGAUGCUUGAACUGCCGUGGACUAGAUGCCCAUCACGGUUUGGAUUCACCCAGAGAAUUGAGUUCCCUGUAAAAGAGUGGCUGUCGUUUUCGGACUGAGUAAUCCACUUGGACAGCAGCUGGGUUGUAAUGAUAAAUGGUGCAGAUUAGAUACCAGAAAGGCAAAAGUAUAGGAAAACAAUUGUCUUCUGUCAAUGAUCUUGUUUCUAGAAACAAAGGGGGAUUUGGUUCCCUGCAUCUAUUAUAUUGUGGUGGUGUAAAUGAUUUACAAUUCUUUUGUGGUUUUAAUAGAAACAGUUAUUGAAAUUUGGCAGUUUUAGUUUUGCCACAGAUGAUUUUGUUAGAAAUCCAAAAUCUGUAUGUUCUGGUGCAUUAAUCCAUGAAUUACAGAGCCCUGUCUGUCAUAUACAUUCAGUGCAUUUUAAUAGAUUAUAUGUUCUUAAAAAUAUAUAAAUGAGAAAAUGUAACCAAUUAACAAUGAAAAUGUAUUUAAUAAAACUCUCUAAAUAAACUAACAAAAUGCUGAA